AUGACCAAGGACUCGCCCAGCCCUUCGGGCAGCGGCCGCGCGACACCCAAGAAGCUGGCUACUCCGGGCCCGGCGGCAGCGGCACUGGAGGAGCAGAGGCGGGAGCUGGAGAAGCUUCGGGCCGAGCUGGAAGCUGAGCGGGCGCGCGGGCGGGCGGAUCGGCGGCGCUUCGCAGCCGAAGCGCGCCAGCUGAGGGAGGCGGCCGAGCGGGAGCGGCAGCAGCUGGUUGACCACCUGCGCUCCAAGUGGGAGGCACAGCGUGGCCGGGAGCUGCGGCAGCUGCAGGAGGAGGUGCUGCGGGAGCGCGAGGCCGAGAUCCGGCAGCUGUUGCGCUGGAAGGAGGCCGAGAUGCGGCAGCUGCAGCAGCUGCUGCACCGCGAGCGCGACGGCGUGGUGCGCCAGGCUCGGGAGCUACAGCGCCAGCUGGCCGAGGAGCUGGUGAACCGCGGCUACUGCAGCCGAGUGGGGGCGCCCGAAGUCGCCGCCGCGCAGUGCCGCUGUCGCCUCCAGGAUGUGCUGGCCCAGCUCCGCUGGGAAACUGACGGCGAGCAGGCCUCGCGCAUCCGCCACCUGCAGGCGGCGCUCGACGUGGAGCGCCAGCUCUUCCUCAAGUAUAUCCUGGAGCACUUCCGCUGGCACCCCGCCUUGUCCGGCGCCGCCGACCCUCCGGUCGUGCCUUCUUCUGAAGAGCCGUCCCACGAGACCACCGCAAAGUCCCCACAUCAACUCGGAUCCCUUGAUGGCGAGAACGCCGGCGCCCGCGCGCGCUCCCGCUCCCUCGACCGAGUGCCCGCGGCGUGCUCCAAGUCCCCAGACAGCCUGCUCCCCGCGCGCGCCAGCUCCCUCGAUUCCUUGGCCCGAGCGCAUUCCUGCUCACUCGACAGCACCGUGAGUCGCCCCAAGACCCCCGAAGCCUCCUCGCCAGACACCUUCAUCCCAGGAUCCCCAGGCCCCCCGCCGCCGCCACCACCGUCGGAGCACAGAAGACCUGGCGACAUGCGAAGAGGGGAAGAGUCGGGGAGUCAGCCGUGCGAAGCCCCGAGCCCCUUGCCGCAGGGCCAGGACUACCGCGAGCUGGUGAAGCGGAACUCGGAGCUGUCCGAAGCGUUGCAGGUUCUGGCGCGCCGCUGCUCUGUCCUGCUCGAAGAGAACCUACAGGUGAGGCGCGCGGGCUUCCCCGACGAGGCAAGAGAGAAGGUGAAGCGGCUCAAGGUGAAGCACGCCGAGCUGGCCAGCCUUGCGCGACGCCUGGAGGACCGUGCACGCAAGCUGCAGGAGACCAAUCUGCGGGCUGUGAGCGCGCCUGUGCCCGGCGAGAGCCUCGCUGGCCUGGAGCUGUGCCAGGCCUUCGCCCGCCAGCGCUCGCGGGACUUGUCGGAGCAGGCGAGCGCGCUGCUGGCCAAGGACAAGCAGAUCGAAGAGCUGCGGCAGGAGUGCCACCUGCUGCAGGCGCGCGCUGCCUCAGGCCUUGGCAGCGCCCCGCUCCCCGGAGGGGGCGCCGCCUGCGCCGGAUGGCUUAGCUUCAGCGACUUGGACCGGCUGCAGCGCGAAUCCCAGCGGGAAGUGUUGCGUCUGCAGAAGCAGUUGACGCUGCAGCAGGUCACCAGCAGCGGCCGAGCGGAGGCGGGCGGCCAGAGCGCGCCCUGCGAGGAGGCGCGGCGCCAAGUGCAGGCGCUGGAGCUCGAGCUGGACGCGCGGCGGCGAGAGUGCGAGGAGCUGGGCGCGCAGGCGGCGGAGGCACGGCAAGGCCGCGAAGAGGCCGAGGCUCAGCUGCAGGCGGCGCUACACGAGGGCGCCUGGCUGGCCAAGGAGAACGCUCGGCUGCAGGCCCAGGCUGACUGGAGGCGGAAAGUGGUGGCCGAGGACAGCGAAGUGCGCGGGCAGGUGGGCCGCACGUGGCAGGAGCUUGAGGACGGCGGCUUGCUGGCGGGGCAGCUGCUGCAGCAGACGGCUCAAGGGCAGGACAGGCAGCAGCAGCUGCAGGACGACCUGCAGAAGGCCCUGUGUGAUCCCCAGGCUGCCCCAGAGGAGAUGUGGACCCUGCAAUGUCAGCCUGCUCACCCUCCCCAGGAACCCCAGGAGGCCCCCCAAGCCGCAGAGCCUCCAGGGAGAAAUAGUAGGGGCACCAAGUUGCAGUCAGGGCCUGAAGACCAAACAUGGUCACCACCUGGCAGAGACAAACAGGAGAAGGAAGACUUUCUGCUAGAGAAGUCUGUUGCCCCCCAGGAACCAGCCAGUGACCCCCAAGGGCCAGACAGAGAACCAGGCAGCCAAGCUCAGGACUCCAGGCCCCCGGCAAAGAAAACCAGCUCCACAUCCAACUCCUCCUCUGAGGUGGAGUCCAUGUGGGCCACUGUGCCAUCUUGCCCUACUCUGGACAUGGACACAGCCAGCGAGGUGGAGGAUCUGGAGCCUGAUAGUGUGUCCUCAACCCAGGAAGUGGGGGACUCAGAGGUCCCUGCCACCUCCAAGCUCAGAAUCUUCCUAGCUCGGUAUAGCUACAACCCAUUCGAGGGGCCCAACGAGCACCCAGAAAGUGAGCUGCCCCUGACAGCUGGGGAGUAUGUGUUUAUCUUCGGGGACAUGGACGAGGAUGGCUUCUAUGAAGGGGAACUUGAAGACGGCCGGCGGGGGCUGGUGCCAUCCAACCUGGUGGAGCAGAUUCCAGACCCAGACAUCCUGGGCUGCCUGCCCCCUGCAUUCCCUGACCUUGGCCCCACUCGACUCCUGCCUGGGCAGGGCAAAGCUUUGAAGGAAGACACUGGGAAAGCUGGGAAAGCCCAGGGGGCAGUGGACAGGGUGCCAGGCCAUAUGGCGAGGCUGGGCUCCAAGACAGAAUUGGCAAGAGAGGGCUCAGGUGCCAAGACUGGUGAUGGCUGGCUGGGCCCUCAGCGGAGUGCAGAUGAGCGGGGCUUCUCCAAACCUCUUCUGGGGGCCAGAAGGGUCUUUUGUGUGCCCCCCAUGCAACUUCGCCUGCAGAGCGUUGCGGCCACAUGGGCCGAGAUCACCUGGGUUGGCAGCAACCACUCCCACAUGGUGUACCUCAAUGACCUGGAGAGUGCCCUGACCCCAGCAGGGGUAAGCUGCUAUACCUUCCACCACCUGCAUCCUGGCACGAGGUACCAGGCACAGGUGGAGGUGUACUUGCCACAGGAAUCAUUGCAGGGGCACUGGGAAACCAUGUCCUCCACCAUCACCUUCAACACCCCCUUGGCAGGACCCCCUGACCCUCCUCUGGAUGUGCUGGUGGAGCACCACACCUCACCGGGCCUCCUGGUGGUCAGCUGGCUUCCUGUCACCAUCGACUCAGCCGGGUCCUCCAAUGGAGUCCAAGUCACUGGCUAUGCUGUGUAUGCUGAUGGGCUCAAGGUGGCAGAGGUCACCGAUGCCACUGCUGGGAGCACCCUGCUCGAAUGCUCCCAGCUCCAGCUGCCCCUGAUGUGCCAGAAGGUCUCGGUGCGAACCAUGUCGCUCUAUGGUGAGUCCCUAGACUCGGUGCCAGCUGAAAUCCCUCAUAGCUGCUUCCCCUGUGACCACCUGCCAAAGAUGUCUCCCUUUAGCUACACCUGCAGGGACCCUUCCACCUGUGCAGUGACCUUCACCCUCUGCCCUCAGAGACUGGUACUGUCUCCCCUGAGUGCCAAGGCUAAUCCCUAUACCCCUGGAAAUUGUGGGGCGCCCCAGGUCAAGUCUCUAGUAGCCUUCCCUGAAGAACCCCAAAAGAGGCGGUCCCCAAUGCCCAUGCUGAGUCCAGAAGGAGAAUGUCCAUGUGCAGGGCUGGGCAGCCAAGCCCAGGGGCCUGCAGAAGCCCAGGGGCUCUGCAGAAAGGAUCUGCUCUUUCAGAAGGGUCCCCGGAACCAUGGGCCACCUCUGCCUAGGGGCCAGGAGUGGAGAGAAGAGAGCCACUACCAGCGGCACAUGGGCAUCAAACAAAGCCCCUCUGCAGGAGUCAUCCAGCUGUCCCCUGAGGGUGGACCGGGAAAAAAGCCAUUUCAGGAGAAGGCUGCCCUUGAUAAGAUCCCCAAACAAAUGCAAAACACCCCUCUCCCACUGGGCACCAGCCAACAAUCCGUGCCUGACAUCUAUGACAUUCUGCGGGAGGAGGCAGGGUGCUUUGGUCUGUGGGGCUCAGAAGGGCAAGAACAGAGGAAGGUGCCGAGGAGGCAGAGCAGGCGAGGUCUGGCUCUGGGGGGCAAGAGAGAGCGGUGGCCCCAGGAGCCCAGCUCAUCACUGUGUCCUGCUCUGUCCAGCAAGGUCGUCAGGAUGUCCAGGGGCAGCGCCCCACCUCUGGGGACCAGAGCAGACCCGACCAACAUCUUUGUGGCCCUCUCUGAUUACGACCCUCUGACUAUGUCUGCCUCCCCUGAGGCUGCAGAGGAGGAGCUGGCCUUGAGGAAAGGGCAGCUGCUGAGAGUGUGGGGUUCUCAGGACCCCCACGGCUUCUAUCGUGGUGAGCAUGACAAGCAGGUGGGCAACAUCCCUGGGCACCUGGUGGCUGAGGUGGAGGCAGACAUAGAUUGCACUGGAACAAGGUGGCAUCUGCUGGGGCAAGGACACCCGCCCUCUGGGGCCUACCUUCGUGACUUGGGGCUCCCCAGCCCCCAGCACUCCUCCCCCGGGUCCCAGGAGAGGCCCUCACUGUGGACUCCGAAGACCAUGUUAGCGGCUCUGGACUAUGACCCCAGGGAUGGGCCAGCAGGGGGCUCAGUGAAGGGCAUGCUGUCACUGAGGGCAGGAGACGUGGUCAUGGUCUACGGGCCUGUGGAUGACAAGGGAUUCUAUUACGGGGAGUCAGGUGGCCACAGGGGUCUGAUCCCAGCCCACCUGUUGGAUGACAUGUGCUUCCCCAGAGAGUGAACGCCACUCCCUGCCAGGGUGGUGGCGCCCCCGCCACCUGAGCCCCGCAGAACAGGGAGCACACCAACCCACCACCAGCACCCUCCUCAUUUCCAUGAGCAACGCCUGCUCCACACGCUGCUGUGCAGACCUGGCAACAGUACCCAUCCUCCCUGGCCCCCUGGCUUCCCCAGCAGCAGGGCAUGAGUCUGUCCUGAGCUGUGUCCAAAAAGAAGCAGAGCAGAUAGCCCCCAGAGUGUGACACAGACUGGUAACUGCAGCAGGUAUUUGGAGAAGUGCUUUUUCUUGUGCUCCUAACGCGUCUUCGUUAGGAGUUUAUCUUUAUUCACCUGUUGCCUUGUAUGAAAGUCUCAAGAAAAGCCUGCCUCAAAAAAAAAAAAAAAAAAAAAAGCAACCAGAAUGUUAGUUUUUAUCUCAUGUUCAACUCCUCAUUAAAAUGUUCAGAAAAAAGAGAAUAUUUUAGAAGUGAAAGCACAACCAGGGACCAAGCCCGCCUCUCCUCCCUUUCUCUGUCCACGGGUCUCCAAGGGCUUCAGGCAUGUUUUCCUGGUAGUGGGGAGGUUCCCUUUAGGGGGGCUCAGCUCAGUAUUUGCUGGUAGGGCUGCAGAGGCUCCAGCGAACAGACAGAGAUGAGAAGCAGAACCCCAAAGACCUGGCCCCGCCAGCCUCUACUGCGGGCGUCCCUAUAGCAGGCUGUGCCCCUGGGGUCAGCCCUUUCCAGACUGGGUUCCCUGCUCUGCGUUAGGCAUUAAUGGCCCCCUUUCCCCAGUGCCUGUCCUUGAGGGGCCUCCAUGAAAGGGCAUGUCCACAGUCACCCCAUUUACAGAAGAGCAGUUGAGGCUCAGAGGGCCCUUUGGCUAUGGAGCUGAGCCUUUGGGGGGCUCCCCAGAGGGUGUGGACCGAGGAUGGUCUCUGUUCUUCUCUGCUUCUAUCUGAUGCCUCAUGUCUCUGCUGGUGUCAGAGGAAGGGCACCGCCUUCCCUGGGGACAGGAGGAACCUACCAGAAGCAUCCUGGCUAGAAGGAUUGGAGCCAGGGCACGUUCUCUCUGGAGGAGGCUGGGAGGGGUAGGCCCAUGGGAUGCCGACACCUGACACAUGUACCAGCAGGGGGGCAGUGUAAUCACCAUUUGGGAGCUGAGACUUCAGGCCUGUCCACUGAACUCUAUGAUCACCUGUCACACACCUAUCAGGGCUUACAGUGAGAAGGCCAACUCAGAGGCUGCUUUGCUGGCUUGGGGAGGCAAUCCAGACCAUCUCACAAUUUCU